AUGUUUUAUGGAUCAGAUCGUGAAGUGUAUAUGCGCAUGAAUUCUCUAGCUCGGCAAUAUGCUUUCAACAAACUCGAACGGCGUUUUCAGUACAAUAUCACAGAAAUCUUUCAUGCAUUAGAUUUCAACAAUUCAAACAUCGAUACGUGGACAACGCUCUGCGAUCAACUAUCAAAUGGAAUCAUAUCUUUAAUUGGCUAUGUAAACAUUGAUGACUUUGGCUGGAUAUCAGAUUUUUGCUCGACAUAUCAAAUACCACUCCUUAGUCUAACUAGUAACUAUAAUUUUCUAAAGAAUAACUUUUCCAUAUCGCUAAUGCCGGAUAUGGUUCCGGCAUUGGUAGCAUUAAUACGUCGUUAUCAAAUAAUAAAACUUGUUUAUAUCUACGAUGGUUCACAUGGUGCUCAUCGUUUAAAACAAUUGAUGCACGUUCAAACGUUGACAUCAACGCAGAAUUUAAAAAUUUUCAGUCGAUUUCUCGAUGAUCCAGAUGACUCCUGUGAUCUAUUGCAAAACAUCGAAAUGAUAACGCAUCAACCAUCCAUGAAUUCCAAUCGAAAAUCGAUCGGUCGUUAUAUUGUUCUAGAUUUUCAGACGUUCGACACCUAUCGCCUGUUCAUGGACAAAAUCAAGCAUCGCGGUAUGACAACAUCAGAUUAUCAUUAUAUCUUAUUUUCAUUGAAUGCUGAAUAUCUCGAUAUGACUUAUUUUCGCUACGGUGGUGUUAAUGUCACGUACUUCACUUUACCAUCGUAUUUCGAUAAUCGAACAAGCGAAGCUUACAUUCAAAAACUGAAACAGGAGAAUCUUCUUUCAAUUGAUUCACUAAUUUUGGCUGAUGCUUGGGAAAUGUUAUUGCGUACGGUCAAUCAAAUGUUAGUGGCUUCCGAUAAAAUCCGAGAAAAGCUAAAAGUUUAUCGGCAAGGAAAGUUUUACAAUGACUUAACACCGGGAAUUGAUUGUCGAAGUCCGCAUAUUCAGCCAUGGUCGUCGGGAAAUAUCUAUUUGAAUUAUUUACUCCAAACCCGAUUUCGAGGUUUAACAGGACAUAUACAACUUUCGAAUAUAACCGGCCAAAGAGUCAACUACACAUUCGAUGUUUAUCGUGUCACAGCCAAUGACUUACCGAGUCGCAUUGGAGUCUUCCAGUCACCAAAUACACUACAGAUAUCCGAUAAUACAUCGUAUCGUCCACGAAUAAUCUAUGACAAUCGAACGCGUAUAAUAGUGACUAUAUUCGACGAGCCAUUUAUAAUGUUGAAACGAAAUUUCAAUGAUACACUAACUGAAAAAACCGUUCCACGUGGUACUAUUCUCGAUCCGUCUCGUGUGGAAGGUUACUGUGUUGAUUUAGCCUAUGCUAUAUGUCAUGAAAAGCUGCAUUUACCUUAUAAAUUUCUCAUCGAGACCAAAUAUGGCAGUGAAGUUGAAAAAGGUGUUUGGAAUGGUAUGGUCGGUGCAUUAGUCAAUCGUGAAGCUGAUCUAUCCAUUGCAUCAUUGACAAUUAAUGGUGCACGUGAAAAAGCGGUUGACUUUUCCAAGCCAUUCAUUGAAUUAGGCAUAUCAAUUAUGAUCCGCAAACCAGAAAAACAAAAACCUGGCGUCUUCUCAUUUAUGGACCCGCUAUCGACAGAAAUUUGGCUUUGCGUCAUCCUUUCUUAUUUAGUGAUUAGUAUCAUCUUGUUCAUUGUCAGUCGGUUUUCGUCGUAUGAAUGGUAUUUUGAAAAUGAAACUGAUACGCGUCCACGAAAUAAAUUUUCAUUGCAAAAUUCGUUAUUUUUCUCGUUUGCGGCAUUUAUGCAUCAAGGUGUUGAUCUUCUUCCUCGAUCAAUGUCAGGUAGACUUGCGCUAUUUUUUAAUUUGAAACAGCUCUUCUUAAUUGCAAAUGAUUUAGGUCGCGUAGUCACAAGUGCUUGGUGGUUUUUUAGUUUAAUUCUUGUUUCAUCGUACACGGCUAACUUAGCUGCGUUCUUGACUGUUGAAAAACUAGUCACACCAAUUGAAACUGUAGAAGAUCUAUCGAAACAAACAGAAAUUCGUUAUGGUACAUUGAAAGGCGGUUCAACAAUGUCGUUCUUCAAUAAAUCAACUAUUCCAGUUUUCAAACGUAUGUGGAAUUAUAUGCAACAACAUGAGAAUGAUGUAUUCGUGACAUCUAAUCGUGAAGGAAUCGAAAAAGUUCGUCGAUCCAAAGGUAAAUAUGCAUUACUUCUCGAAUCAACACUAAAUGAAUAUGUCAACGAACGUUUACCAUGUGAUACAAUGCGUAUUGGAGAAAAUAUUGACGCAAAAGGCUAUGGUAUCGGCACUCCACUUGGCUCUGACCUUCGUGAAGCAAUCAAUAUAGCUGUUUUAGAAUUGACGGAAAACGGUUUCCUUGCAAGUUUGAAACAGAAAUGGUACUAUGAAAGAAGUGAAUGUACAAAUUCCAAAAGUAAAGAUUCCAAACAAAGCACUCCAUUAAACUUAGCAAACGUUGCUGGAAUGUUCUAUGUGUUGAUUAUUGGUCUUGGCAGUGCAAUGGUUAUUGCUUUUCUCGAAUUUUUAGUCAAAGCUAAACUUGAUUCCAAUCGUUUAAACGAAAACAUUCGUGAAGUGAUGCGACGAAAUUUAAGAAUAUCCAUAACUGGAAUUGAUUUUGAUGAAAAAGCCAAUAGUGUGGAUUAUUGGCCAUUACAAAAACAACGUAUACGUCGUUUAUCACAUGCAGCAGCGAUCGAUCGCUUAGAGAGAAAAACGACGUUUUCGAAAACUGACGAAACACAGCAAACAAGUGAUACAAAUAAUCUUAUUCACAGAUCAACACCUGCGCAUGCUUCUCAUGUAUGA